GCCACUGCUGUGACUGGUGGCUGGAGAGGGAGACACAGAGGAGGGGAGGAAGAAGACAGACCGAGGGCGGCAAGAGAGCGGGGAGAAACGGCUCUGGGGACUGGGGAAGGACUGCCGCAAAUGCAGGGGGAAGAGAAGAAGAAAGUCGGAUGAAUCAGUGACCUUUAGGUCGGUCUUCUUCUGGAUGCCCCGGUACAGAAGCGGAGCAGGGGGGAAAUUAAAAAGCUUCACAUUUCCGAGCGGGUUUAAGCACGAAAAUCUACACGCUUUGAAAAUCACCGAGUGGAAGAGAAAGAGGGGAAAAAAACCGCUAAGCAGGCGAAGUGUGGACAGCCGGCAGCCAAGGAGGAAGUGAGAACCCCCGGCUUGGACUGGGCCUGAUAUGUAUUUGUAUUUUUUUUUAUUUUUGUAAGCAACUAAUUAAAUAAAAGUUGCUUCCGGUCCAGCUCGCCUUGAAGUAAGAGGAUUAUUUUAAAGAAGAAAACUGUGGAUUUUGAAGGGAGUUGUGGGAAGAGAUGACAUUUUUUCUUCUUGCUUUGGCGGGCAGUGGAAGAUGAAAAUAUAUCCCCACCCAAAUCUGUGAGGGCUCCAUAAUCACCGUUUCUCCCAACUGCUCAGGUCCGAUUACCUCAGUCCAGAUAAUUGUAUUGUACAAACUUGAACAUUGACACUACUGUCAGCCCACCGCUGCCAUCACGCGUGGAGCUUUUGCACACUGAAACUGAGACCUCUCCAUUGGAGCAAGACGUAAUUUUCCACUCCUGAGGGGGAAAACUACAUUUCUUUUUCCUGUAACAAAGUAUUUAUGCACAUCAGACAAGAUGGGGAAAAUGCUUUCAAAGAUCUUUGGCAACAAGGAGAUGAGAAUAUUGAUGCUUGGACUUGAUGCUGCUGGGAAAACCACCAUCCUGUACAAGCUGAAACUGGGACAGUCGGUCACCACCAUCCCAACGGUCGGGUUCAACGUGGAGACCGUCAACUAUAAGAAUGUGAAGUUCAACGUCUGGGACGUGGGUGGACAGGACAAGAUCCGACCGCUCUGGAGACAUUACUACACGGGCACCCAGGGCCUGAUUUUUGUGGUGGACUGUGCCGACAGGGACCGGAUCGACGAGGCGAGGCAGGAGCUCCACCGGAUCAUCAACGACCGGGAGAUGAGGGACGCCAUCAUCCUGAUCUUUGCCAACAAGCAGGACCUCCCCGACGCCAUGAAGCCCCACGAGAUCCAGGAGAAGCUGGGUCUGACCCGGAUCAGAGAUAGGAAUUGGUACGUUCAGCCCUCAUGUGCGACAUCGGGGGAUGGACUGUACGAGGGCCUGACUUGGCUUACCUCAAAUUACAAAUCCUAAUGUUUCCUCCUCCCCUCUCACCAGCCUGGACACUUGGAGGAAAAAAAUGUAGCUUAAAAAAAAAGCAAUUCAAAGCAAUUAUCACCAUGAUCUCAUUACUGAAAAUGUAUUAAAAGAAGUCACGAUUACUUUUUGGUUUUAUAUUCUCUUUGAUGACAAUAGCUUUUCUUUAACCCAAAUUUUAUUUAAGCAACGAAAAAAAAGUUAUUUUCUUUCUAUAAUCAGCUCUGCUAAAAUAUACAAUAAGCUUACUUUUGACCUAUUUCAGCAAUUUAUUUACUUUUCCUCUGUUUAGAAAUUCCUGUAAAGGAAUGCAGGACAUACAUUUGCUUUAGCUCGUUCUGCACUCUCACCACCAAGCUGCRUAUCCAAAGGAUGGGAAAAGUCUAGAAACCAUCGCCUAAAUCAGCAUAUCACCCUCGUGACUUAAACUGUUUCCUGUUUAUGUGUAAGAAUGUGCAUCAAGGAUGUGCUCGGACCUCAGAAACUCACCUGCUUUCAGAGUCGAUUGUAACGGGACGGACGCAGACACGUGGGGAUUACUUGUCUCUGGUGCGGUGGUUCACAUCCAUUACGUGUUGUUAUUGUGGAUACUCCAAAACACUCACUGUGAUAUGGAUUUAUGCUUUUUGUUGUAUCAGGGUCUGAAUCUGUUACCACCAGUCUUAUUAUAUGAGUUCUAACUUUUGUUUCUCAGAGCUUCCAUGACUGUUAAGUAUUUGUAGUUUCCGUUGCCUUAGCAGGGAUCUAGGUGCCCCGAUACUGAGRCGGUUCCUACGACAGCUGAGUUUGCACUUUGGGUGGUUAGCAACUUGCUGGUUUGUGUGCAUUUCCAUGCUCCUUAACUGACUUUUGAACUCCAGCAAGUGUUUACGGCAUUCUCAGCUUCUUUACACCACCACCACCCGCAGGUGCGUCAGUGACUGCAAGCCCCGUUCUGUUUCUCUGCUUUUUCUAAUUAUUAUCAAAUAAGACACAAUCAGCCUGGAAGGUCCUGUCAGUUCAGUUAAAAAUUCAUGCUGUUAUAAUUUUUUUUUCUUAUGCUAUGCUGUUGAAAUAAUAAAAAGAAAUAUAUAUCCAGAUCA